ACCGCAUCUUCCUCGCCAUCAACUCUGGAGAGCCGCCGGCGGAGGCAGGGACCCGAAGUUGCGGCCAGCCCGGGUGGAAAGUAGCAGCAAGGCGGAAGGGGCCGGAGCCUCGUAGGCACAGCCCGGCCCAGCCGAGCAGGGCCGGCUGCAGCCCCCUGGCUGGGGCAGAGCCAGGCGGCCCCGAGGCAGCUGCCGCCGCCCUCAGCCCCGCCGGAUUCACUGCGAAAAGAAGCAAUAUGCAAAGUGGAAGGAAACCUGAAACUGCUUUUUUAACAGAAAAGUACUGGCUUUCUCUCUCUUUCACAUGUUUUCCUUUUGCUUCAUAAUGGAAGGAUCAGAGUUAUCUGAAUCGUUUGGGCAAAAUUUGGGCAUCACUGGCUGAAGAUAGGAUGAAAGAAGACUUGAAAAUACAUCAGUACCCUAUGACUAUUAAUUCAGAUGUACCUUUCACAAGCAGAGGGGAAUAGUGGUUAAAAGCAGUGCAGUUUCAUCGAAAGGAGCUAAUGGAGAGUCUGUGUUGAUUUUUUUAAUUUUUAUUUUUUUUCCUUCCCACUCUCUCAUGAAUCCCAAAAGAGAAAGAUGGAAAAAGCGUGUAUGGCAACUGAGAUAAGGGGAAGGCUGAAGACAGUAACUUCAGUUUUGGAGUCUGUUUUUCAAGUGCUGUAAAUUCCCUAUUUCAUCAAAUACAAUACAUUGUUUUGAAUAAAUUAUAUUGUUUUGCGAUCAGUGGAGUUUUUGUCAGCUCUAGAAGUGAAAUUUAAGCUGAUUCAUAAUUAAGGAAAUGUAUGGCUCCAAAUCCUUUUUUCAAGGCAAGUUUUUCAAGUUACCGAGAGAUAGUAUUUCAGUCUCUUACUGUGCAUUGUCAACCUGUAUUUUAUGUGCAUAUCUUAGAGAUUUUACAUUUUCCAUAAUUUUGGUAUUUAUGUUAUAGUGUUGUGAUUGAGAAAAUUGUGGACAGACAAGGCACCUGCAAUUUCAGUUUUUAAGAGCCUUGUUAUCUCUUUGUAGCUCAGAUUACAAGUAAUCUGAAUAUCCGUUAGAAUGCACGGUACACAUAAAGUCUUUUCUCCUAAAAUAUGCCUUAAGAUGUUCAGUUUUGUACUAACUGGACCUAAGUUUGAUAUCUGAACAUUGUGCUUUGUUAGGAAAUGUAUGUCUGGGGAAGAGGAGCUGCCUAAUGGAUCAUGGCUCUGGUGUUCACAGGACAUACUUUAAUUCUAUCAUUAAUGAUGUUUGCUGUCUUCACUUUUGAAGAAUCUGUAAGCAAUUACUCUGAUUGGAUGACUUUUGUAGAAAAUUUAGAUCAAUAUGAAAAACAGCAACUUGAAGGUCUUGGUGCUGAGCAGAAGCUGAAGAAAAUGGCUCUUCAUCCAAGCUUGUAUUUUGAUGCUGAAGAUGUCCAGUCACUGAGGCAGAAAGCUCGUACAAGCCAUUCCCAUCUAUUCAAAGCCAUCAGAAGCGCAGUGAUGGUUAUGCUGUCCAACCCAUUAUACUACCUACCUCCACCCAAGCAUGUUGAUUUUGCUGCAAAGUGGAAUGAGAUUUAUGGUAACAAUCUGCCACCUCUAGCAUUUUAUUGUUUACUGUGCCCCGAAGAUAAAGCUGCAUUUGAUUUUGUCCUAGAAUAUAUGGAUAGAAUGGCUGGCUACAAAAACUGGUUGGUUGAGAAUGCACCUGGAGAUGAAGUGCCACUCGGUCACUCCCUAACAGGAUUUGCCACUGCUUUUGACUUCUUGUAUAAUUCACUGGAAAAUGAGAGAAGGCAAAAAUACCUGGAGAAGAUAUGGUCUGUCAGUGAGGAAAUGUAUGAGUACUCAAAGGUUCGUUCCUGGGGAAAGCAGCUUCUCCAUAAUCACCAAGCAACCAAUAUGCUCGCUUUGCUUAUUGGGGCUCUAGUUGCAGGGGUGGACAAAGGGUCUCGAGCAAAUAUUUGGAAACACACUGUGGUUGAUGUGAUGGAGAAAACAAUGUUUCUGCUCAAUCAUAUUGUAGAUGGGUCUUUGGAUGAGGGAGUAGCUUAUGGGAGUUACACAGCAAAGUCAGUAACCCAAUAUGUUUUCCUGGCCCAGCGCCACUUUGGUAUUAACAACUUGGAUAAUAACUGGCUCAAAAUGCACUUUUGGUUUUACUAUGCCACCCUAUUGCCAGGCUUUCAGAGGACUGUGGGCAUAGCAGAUUCUAAUUACAACUGGUUUUAUGGUCCUGAGAGCCAGCUGGUUUUCUUGGAUAAGUUUAUAAUGAAGAAUGGAGCUGGAAACUGGCUGGCACAGCAGAUUAGAAAACACAGACCCAAGGAUGGGCCAAUGGUGCCGUCCACUGCACAGCGGUGGAGCACACUACACACUGAAUUUAUAUGGUACGCUGCUGAAAUCGCUCCACAGCCACCUCCUCACUACGGUACAGCUAAAAUGCACGUGUUUCCUAACUGGGGAGUUGUUACUUAUGGGGCUGGAUUGCCAAAUGAUCAGUCAAACACCUUUGUGUCCUUUAAGUCUGGAAAACUUGGUGGACGUGCCAUCUACGAUAUUGUUCACUUUCAACCAUAUGCCUGGAUUGAUGGGUGGAGAAGUUUCAAUCCGGGACAUGAACAUCCUGAUCAGAACUCUUUCACUUUUGCUCCCAAUGGGCAAGUGUUUGUAUCUGAGGCUCUUUAUGGACCUAAACUCAGCCACCUGAACAACGUCUUGGUCUUUGCUCCAUCUCCUACGAGCCAGUGCAACCAGCCUUGGGAGGGACAGCUUGGUGAAUGUGCCCAGUGGCUGAAGUGGAUCGGUGAUGAGGUUGGAGACUCAACCGGAGAAAUUAUAACAGCCUCCCAGGCUGGAGACAUGAUGUUUGUGAGUGGUGAGGCAGUAUCUGCUUACACAUCAGCAAUGAAAUUGAAAAGUGUGUAUCGCAUUUUGCUGCUCUUAAAUUCUCAGACAUUGUUAGUAGUAGACCAUAUUGAGAAGGAGGAAGACUCUCCUGUUAAUUCUGUCAGUGCCUUUUUUCAUAAUCUUGACAUCGAUUUUAAAUACAUACCCUAUAAGUUUAAGAACAAAUACAACGGAGCUAUGAUGGAUGUGUGGGAUGCCCACUACAAGAUGUUGUGGUUUGAUCAUCAUGGGAGUAGUCCUGUUGCUAGGAUACAGGAGGCAGAGCAAGCUGCUGAAUUCAAAAAACGAUGGACUCAGUUUGUAAAUGUUACCUUUCCAAUGAAAAACAUGCUUACGAGGAUUGUUUACCUUUUCUAUGGCCCAUAUGUCAAUGUUUCUAACUGCCGGCUCAUAGAUAAUGCAAAAUCUGGAUUUCAGAUUUCGCUCAGUGUCAACAGCACUGAAAAUACCAUCUCUGUUGUGACUGAAUAUCAGAAUUUAAAGACAAGGUUUGACUACUUGGGAUUUGGUGGUUUUGCCAAAGUAGUUCAUGAAAACAAAGUGACCAAGUUUGGUCUAGGUACUGAAUUAGUGGAAAAACAGAUAAAAAACAAUAGGGUGGUUUUCCCCUUUGGAUUCAAAGUGAACGUAAUUGCAGGGUUAAUUUUGGGUGUUAGUUUGGUCAUACUGGCUUUUCAGUGGCAGUUUUACGUAUCCUUCAGUAAAAUGUUGCGUUGGAUCCUAAUUCUGGUUGUCACACUGUGGCUUAUUGAGUUGGUGGAUGUGUGGAGCAUGUGUACUCAGCCCAUCUGUGCAAAAUGGAGCAGUGACAUGUCAAGGCUAGAACAUGAUAAAGGCAAUAAAGCCAAACAGUUAGAAGGAAACCCUGUUGUUUUACCAGAUGUUAUUGUCACUUCACUUCCUGCUUCUGGUGCAGAAAUUUUAAAGCAGCUGUUUUUCAAUAGCAGUGACUUUUUAUAUGUCAGGAUACCUACACCCUAUCUCGAAAUUCCUGUGACUGAAUUUGAAAUUGAUUCCUUUGUAGAUCCAUGUGAAUGGAAGGUUUCUGAUGUCCAGAAUGGUCAUUUUCAUCUUAUCCAGGGGUGGCUCCAGUCUCUAAUUCGAGGCACAAAGUUACAUUUACAAAACAUUCAUUUAUAUGAAGGCAGCAUAAGUAAAAUUUCUCAGCAUUCUGCGAUAAGCAAGGACAAAAAGAAGAGAUCCAAAAAGAGAGAAUCACUGUCAGAGCAAAGAAGCAGGGCAAGAGGGAGUCAAGAUAAAGAUGCUGAAUAUAUUAGGGAACUGAGAAGACAUCUCAUCUAUUAUCCUAAUGCACGGCCCGUGCUUAGUUUAAGUAGUGGGAGCUGGACGCUAAAGCUUCCCUUCUUUCAGGAAAUCCUAGGACCAUCAAUGAGAGCAUUAUAUGUAGUAAGGGACCCACGGGCAUGGAUCUAUUCCAUGUUGUACAAAAAUAAGCCAAGCCUUUAUUCCUUGAAAAAUGUUCCACAACACUUGGCUGCAAUGUUUAAAGGAGAAAAUGGUAAAGGAAAGUGUAGUGUAAAUGAAGGUUAUGCUUUUGAAUAUGAGUCAUUAAGAAAAGAACUUUCAAAUUCUAAUUCAAAUGCUGUUUCUAUGUUGUCCUAUUUAUGGCUAGCAAACACAGCAGCGGCACUGAGAAUAAAUGGGAACUUGCAGCCAAGAAAUUACCAGCUGGUCAAGUUUGAGGAUAUUGUGAGCUUUCCUCAGAAGACAGCUGAAACAGUUUUUGCUUUUCUUGGUAUUCCUCUUCCUCCUGCUAGCUUAAACCAAAUAUUAUUUGCCACCUCCACCAAUCUUUUCUAUCUUCCUUACGAAGGGGAAAUUUCACCAAGUAGCAUUCAUGCCUGGAAACAAAACAUGCCCAGUGAAGAGAUUAGACAGAUUGAAGAUAUCUGUUGUUCUGUAAUGGAUCACUUAGGAUACCCAAAGUUUAUAAAAUAAAUGCUGCAGGUCAGCUUAAAUUUGCACUAAUGAUCUCUGACUCCCAAUUUGUGGAUAAGUAUUAGAGAAGUUUGUUUAUUCUUGUAAAAUGUGUACAGUCUGCUACUUUCAGAGAGAUUAUUUUAAGAAAAGGAUAGUUGUUCUUGCAAGUGUGGGUUUUAUUUUGGUGUUUUUUAAAAAAAAUACUGGUAACUGCUUUUGCUUCCUUUAAAAAAAAAACCUGUGUGAACCUUUAUACAACUACCAACUGGGGACUCUAUAGCUCAGGGGAUUAGUAAUAGAAUAUGGAGCUUUUCACUUCCAGCUGACCAGUUUGACUGCAGCCCAAGUGAUUAGUUCUGAAAAUGCUUACCAUCUGAUGAUCAUAUGUCUGCUCAUAUGAAAAUAAACUGGUUAAACUGGCCCAGUUCUCACUGGUGAUAAUUAUACCCCCCACCGCACCAGCCCCUCCUUGACAGGUUUACUGAUUCUGUCUGCAUCUCAGUGGUCACUAUAGUGGUGCAAAAUAAACAUAAUAAGAGAUUUAAGGCUGUUCAGCAUCCCUUCAGAACAUUUGAGUGAAUCUAGCUUCUUAUUUACAGUAUCAGCAGACAGGCCCAGAACUGGAAUGGACAUGAAUAUUGAAUAUCAUUAUAGGAUUUCUUUCCUUCAGCUCAGAGAUGUGGCAGUUAAAUUGGCUUUUUUGCUUUGAUGAAAGAGAAGACUUCAUUUUCUGUGCCUGACAAUGUGGUACCCUUUGUGAGCCUGAAGUAAAGUCUCUGGAGAAAAAGAAAUGGGACAAAAUCUAAGAAACCAGCAUGCUCUCCCAAACAAGCAGUUGAAUUUGGAGAAGAUUUUGGGUAGUUUUGGCCUGCCUCAACCUAGUUUAAUUUUGAAAGUUGUUAACACCUUUGCUCCUUGCACUGCUUUAUCCUAAAUGUCUUUUCUAAGAGGUUCUGCAAGGAUUUUCUCUCUUUUGAGUGAGACUCUUCCAUCCUUCUUUCUUGUAACUGAUUUAUCUGCUGAUUCUUGUGCAUAAUUUCAUUGAGACCAGUGAAAAUAUUUGAUCUCGUUGUCAAUGGCUCAUUGUUGAUGUCUGCAUAUAAUGUCAAUCUGAGGUUUAGAAGAUCUUAAAUAAAUUUCUAGGUCUGUGUUGCUGAGGCAUGUUUUGCUUUUCUGUAUAAUGAUUUUCUGAAGGACAACCAUGGCUAACCUGAAGUCUUCUUUCAGAAGAGAGGGGAUAAACCUGAAAAUCACCUGACCCUCAGCCACCUCACAUUUGAGUGAUGUUUCCUUGCAGUAAACUAUUCCAAAGUUGUCUGAUUUUUAUCAUGAUUGGUGUUUCUUUAACAUGAUGCUUUAAUAGGCUAUUGGUUAGGAAACAGAUAGGCUUGGUAGAUGUGUCUUUGUCACAGCUUAUUUUCUUCUUGAGUCACACUCUUUGUGCAUGACCAUUAAGAAAAAAAUUUCCCAUUUCCCAAUUUAAUUUGCUCAACAUUCUUUGGAAAUGCAUGUAUAUUGUAAAUGUCUGCAGAUGUGUAAAUCAGAUCACAAAAAGACAUCUGUUUCCUUUACCAUCUGUUUCUUAUUACAAAUGGAAUUGUCUUUAAAUGCGCUUCGAUUAGUUUGUGGGAGUUUGGAUCAGAGUUUGGCUUUUUAUAUUGAAAUAUGUGAUUAAUUACGCUUUAUUUGGAUGGUAAGCAUUAGACAAUAUCAAAAAGGCAGUGAGUUUCUUUGUACAGAUUACAGGUACC